GGUAAGUGUCCUCGAUUUCACUACAGUUGUAAAUAUGGCGCGCAUAGCAACGUACGUGUUCAUCGACUUAGAAACUACCGGGUUACCGCAGUAUGAGUAUAAUAAGACGAGGAUCACUGAGCUCAGUAUGGUGGUAGCGAGUCGCCGGCACGUGCUGGACACGACGCCGGGCGCCGCGCCGCGCGUGCUCGACAAGCUCACCAUGUGCUUCAACCCGCGCAGGAUGAUCCACCCCGAGAGCACCAAGACCUCAGGACUGUGUAAUGACCUGCUCGAGUACCAAACAGACUUCAACAUACAUGUGUUCAACAUUAUCAAUGGUUUCUUACAAUGUCAAGAGAAGCCAGUCUGCUUGGUAGCAGAGAACGGUCUUUAUUUUGAUUUCCCCAUCUUGAAGAAUCAUUUUGAUAAGUUAGGAGUGACUUUAUCUGAUGAUAUCCUGUGCGCGGAUAGUUUAUAUGCUUUUUACGAUAUACUUAAAAGCAAACAGCCUGUUAACAGUGUAAGCAAUACUAAUGGAACUGUUGUUGACAACAUAAGCAGUGAUUUAAAUAGUGAUGCGUCUUGCAGCCGCAACAACAAUGACCAGACCACUGUGGAGUCAGAAGACAAAUCCGUUACAAGACCUACAGAGUGCGUAAGUAAUGGGAGUGAAAUACAAUUGGAAAAGUCAGUAAUCGAUGCUGUACUACAAGAUGAAUACAAAGAAUUGGAUGCUCAAGCAAAAAUGCAACAACAAAACGAAAGAACUCCUCGAAAACGGAAAAAUCCAGAGCCGAAAAACAAGUAUGAACAAAUCAAACGCAAAAUUUUUUAUCAAGGUGACAGUAAGCCAACGGUGUCACAUAAGCUAAAGAAUAUCUAUGAGCGAGUGUUGGGGAGGCCGGCCAUAGAGGCCCAUCGUGCUGAGAAUGACUGCAUCAUGACCAUGGAGAUUGCGGUGGCCUUAGCUAAACAGUUUGUGCAGUGGGUGGACUUGGUCGAUAACCACUGCAAGUUCAAUGAUGUUAGACAAAUGACUGUUGGUGUUCCGUUAUAGUAAUUUAUGGUGUACGUUCUGCUAUGAGUGUACAUAUAGACUUCAUUGUUUUUUAUUGCAGGCUCCGUUUCUGUGUUAAAUCAUGUAAUAUUAUUUACUGGACAUUUUAUUUAAUGAGGUUUUGUUAACAAAAAAUGUUAUGAUAUACCUAUGCACAACUGGUGUUUUUUAUUGAAAUCUAUAAAAAUCGUGUUUUUUUCUAAUUUGCCUACCUAGAUGUAUUCUUAGCAAAUGUCAAGUACUAAUAAUAUAAUUAUACUGAAGAAAGUGUAAUACUAUUAUUGGCUCGCAUUAUUUAUAUAAACAUAACAUGGUGUGGUAUUAAAUGUAAGUCUCAAAGAUUCCUCAGUCAAAAUUGAUCUCUGUGUGUUAGCCAAUCUGGGUAAUGUCUCGUAAUUAAUUAGUUAAUUAUACAAUUGAAAUAAUAUUAUCUUCAAUAAUAAAUUUAUAUUUUAUUAAA